CCUCUACCGUUCACUUCGCGCACUGACUUCAACAUCUCACUGCGCCUGAGUGUCCUGUAUACACCAUAACGAGGAUUUUAAGGUUUUCUGUUAGUUUACUUAAUUUGAAAAUGGACCGGAAAGACACAGAAAUGAACGAUAAAGGAGUUUCAUCUUCUACCAGCGGAGUUGUUGUCCAAGUAAGGGAGAAGAAAGGACCUUUACGCGCUGCCAUUCCCUAUAUGCCUUUUCCAGUAGCUGUCUUCUGCUUGUUUCUCAACACAUUUGUGCCCGGACUGGGUACGUUCAUCUCAGCCUUCACGGUUUUGUGCGGAGCGAGGACAGACCUGCCCGACAGACACAUGUGCUGCGUGUUCUGGCUGAACAUCGCAGCCGCCUUCAUCCAGAUCCUCACCGCCAUCGUCAUGGUGGGCUGGAUCAUGAGCAUAUUUUGGGGAAUGGACAUGGUUAUUCUUGCAAUUACCUCAUGGCGGUUCGGACUGAAAGUCUCUGAAGGUUACAGGGAGCAGGCCGCCCCCCAGCAGCUCUGAUUCCUGCCCUCCAAAUCUGGAAUGUGCACCUUCUCCCAUGCCAUCCGGCCAACACAUAUUGGAGCUUUGAGACGGCACCCACAUGGCCUGGGAGAUCCAGGGAUUUCACAUGUUGAUUCUCAGUCCAGCUCAUGUUAUAUAUAUUUAUAUAUAUUCAGGUACUGAAUGAAUUGACCUGACUGCUGAGGGACAGUGGACUGUGAAUCUGUUGUGCACAUGUGAACUGUCUACCUUACACCUGACAGGGAAAAUUCUUUUAUUUAAUCUUGCUGUGCUCUGUAGUCUUAACAUGUAUUAAAUCGACACAAAUACACCUAAUAACCUACACAUCUGUAAAAUGUAUGUAAAAGUGCUUUCAAAUGUGCAAUGUAGCUCAAAUAAAGGGAGGCUUAAAGGAAUAGUUCACACAAAAAUAAAAAAGUACUUCCAUAUCAUUUCAAUGUUUUACUGAUGAACAACAAAAGCAGCAGUAUUUAUUAAAGCAUAAUGUCCGAAAUUAAGUUGCUAUUUAAUUAAAAAUAAAGUUAAUGGUGACCAUGUGUCAACAUUUUUAGGCAAAGAGGUUUUAGUAAAUAAAUUUUCAGUUAAUUUCUUGUCCAAACCCAUCAAACAGCUUCAGAAAUCACUGAAUAUAAUGCAGUAUUUCCUAUAUUUUAUGGUGCUUUGGCCUUCUUAAAGCUUCACAUCUUUAAAGGAAUAGUUCACCCAGAAAUGGUCCCCAUUGACUUAACCAUAGUACAUUUUUAUUCCUACAAUAGAAAGUCAAUGGGAACCAUUUUUGGAUGAACCAUUUCUUUGAGAAGGACAUGGCCCCCAUCCACUUUGAGUGUAUGGUAACAAAAAUAUCUUAUGAAAAGUCAUACGUUUGAAAUAACAUUCAGAUUUUUUGUCUUAAAUUUUCAGUGAACUAUUCCUUUUAUAACGUAUAUUUUGCUUCUCACACAACAUUUUACUGUGCGAAUACAGUACACAUUACACAGAAUAUUUAAAUGGUCAUGUGCAUUACAGUAUUUAUAGUAUUUUAGUGUGCCGUGUUUUUAUUACUCAAAUCAAGCAUUAUACAUUGUAUAUUUAUCUGUUUGUUUUACAAAUCAAUGCAUUUUUUUGCAGGGAUGCAUUCUUUACUGUUAAUAAUUAAAAGAAAAAAAUGUACUGGUAAUUUUUUUGCCAGGACACAUUCAUUUUAUGAACAUUUCAGUUAACACAAUGCAAUGCGUUGCAAAAUACAAGUAAAAAAUCUGUACAUUGUGCCCUAUAGAUUUUCUACAGCGUUAUUUUUCAUCUCUGUUAGUCCUAAAACCCAGAGCCCAACACCCAGACAAAUAAACAAGUGUUGUUGAAUAGUGGGACAGUUGCCAUAGCGACUGCUCACUUUAAUUGACUCAUGCCUAGGGUAUGAAAUAACACAAUUAGUGAGAGUUAUUGUUAUUUGACUGGAAAAGGCGCAGUGCAAAGUGCAGAAGUCCAAACAUAGCGAUUUUAAAAUUGAUUAAUUAACCACCAGUUGUAAAUGCAACAAACAAAAUAUAUGAUGCUGAAUGUGCAAAAUAUUAUGAAUUGAAUUUAUAUGGUUUCUUACAUUUCUGAGGUCUUAAAUUAUUUUGAAUCUUUGUUUAAUAUGAAUAGAUACUAGCUGGUCUCUGCUGUGAAUGUAUUUGAGGGUUUUUUAUGUAUACAAAGUGAAUUGUACAUUUGUGUGCUGUUUAAAAACCAUCAGUGUAAUUCAGUCCAAAGGCGUAGAUUUAGUACAGCCAGACGUAUGUUGCUCAGCAGACUUACACAAUGAAUUGUAACCUGUCACACCUCUGUACAUGUCAGAGGCAGCGUCUAAUAAAUUCUGCUUUUUGAA